AUGUUACAAUAGCAAAUUUAAGAUUAAAAUGAAAUUAACUCUUCAUUUAAUUUGAUUCCAAGAAGUUCUUAUAAACCAUUAAAUCCAAAAGUAAAAGUUUUUUAUUAUUAUGUUGCUCCUGGAAAUAAUAGCAAACUUAUUAUUUCAGCAAUGCAAAAAAGAAAAAAUUGGUAAGAAUCAGAAAAUUAUUUAUUUCAUUUUCAAUGGAAUAUGAAUGACAAGAACUUCCAAUAUUGCUCUCUCAAUUAAUCAUAAAUUUAAAUUGUUAAUCAUUUACCUAAUCAUAGAGAACUUACUUUGAAAUGCAAUUUAAUUAGAAAUUUAAAAUAAUUUUGCUAAACUAACAAGAAAUAUGUAUGGGAUAUCACUCCAUUAUCUUUUAUUGUUGAAUUUAAUGCACAAGAAAAUAAUCUUAAUAAAGUUCUUAAAGAAUUCACACUUGCAUAUGAAUAAUUCUAACCUUUAAGUUCCAUGAAAACUCAAUUUAAUUACUUUACCAAACAUAAUAGUUAGUAUUUCCUUCCUAAAAUGCAUCAUAGUUUCUUAGAUGAAGAAAAUAAUUAUAUUUGGGUAAUUAAUUCAUUUAAUUAUUAAGAUAUUGAAACCAAAUGAAUUCAAUAGAGGAAGAGGUAUCCAAUUUUUUAGAACCAUUGAAGAACUUAAGAGCUUAUUAAAAAAUUUUAAUAAAGGAAGUUCUGAAUAUCAAUUUAGUUAAGGCAAAAUUAAAUCAUCAUCUUUCGUGAUAUAAAAGUACAUUUAAAGACCAUUAUUAUUAGAUGGAAGAAAAUUUGAUAUAAGAGUUUGGGUUUUAGUAACUUAUACAUUUGAUAUAUUUAUUUUUAAUCAAGGUUAUGCAAGAUUAUCAUCAGAUAUGUUUGAUUUAAAUAACUUAGAUGCAUUUAUUCAUUUAACAAAUAAUGCAGUUUAAAAGUAUUCUAAAAAUUAUGGAUUUUUUGAAUUAGGAAACUAGAUGUCAUAUUCAGAAUUGAAUUAUUAUACAAAUGGAGAAUUUACUAAAACAGUUUUGCCAAAAAUUAAAUCUAUUAUUGUCCUUACUUGGAUGGCUGUACAAAAUACAUUUAAGAAAUGUAAAUAUUCAUUUGAGAUCUUUGGAUAUGACUUUAUGUUAGAUGAAUAAUUAAAGCCAUGGUUAAUUGAAAUUAACACUAAUCCAUGUCUUGAAGAAUCAUCACCAUUAUUAAAAGAAUUAAUACCAAAAAUGAUAAAUGAUGCAUUUAAAAUAGUAAUUGAUCCUUUAUUUACUAAAAUCAAUGAACCUACAGAUUGGGAGCAUCUCUUACAAUUAUGA